AAUGUAGGCAUCCUGUCCUUCCAGAAUCACAUCGAAGAUUCGACAGGCAUUGGAACUGCGAGACUGGGCGAACAACAGAUCUUCAACAAAUCUUUUCGAGUAGAUCCUUCUUUGACUUCGAAAGUGAACAUGGGCCGACUGUUCUUGCUUCUGGCAUUCACUGCUGUUGUCGGGCUUGUUUCUAGCCUUCCGGCAUGCACGGAUGAUCCAAAUGGGUCAAACUACAGAGGGGAUUUAUCUGUAACUUUGAGCGGUAAAACAUGCCAAUCUUGGACAUCUCAGACCCCUCAUGGACACAGCAGGACACCCGACAACUACCCGGAUGCAGGCCUUGGAAACCACAACCACUGCAGAAACCCUGACAGGGCCUUUACUGCCUGGUGUUACACUACUGAUCCCGAUCGCCGAUGGGAAUAUUGCGCCAUUGGUGAUUUCAGUCGACAAUGCACAGAUCCUGAGUACUAUGAGGAACCCAGUGGCACCGAUUACCGGGGAUACGUCUCUACCACAAGGACCGGACUCGAAUGCCAGGCAUGGACCUCCCAGAGUCCUCAUGGACACUCUCGCACUCCUGAAAACUACCCUGAUGCUGGCCUGGGUAACCACAACUACUGCCGCAACCCUGACAACUCGGACUUUGCCUGGUGCUACACAACCGACGCUGGCACUCGCUGGGAGUACUGCAACAUCGGGUUGCCAGCAUUUGAUGAAGACUAAUGAGGGCAUCAGUCAUGAAGUUUUGUUGUCUUCUUAAAAUGCCGGAUACUGGUUGUGUGGGGAUGUGUGUUCUGAAAACAUCUCAUGGUCAUAGAUUUUCAUUUCUGCAAAUCUCUUGAAACAAGUUUAGAGUCAUAGGGUAUUGUGAAGCCAGUCCAUUUCCCAUUUUAUUUAUACUUACCUUAGUUACCAUAUUUGCCAUAGUCUCCUUGUAAGUCAUUGUGGGUCAUUACAAUUUCAUCAAUAAUUUUAUUGUAGACUAUUUAGACAAUCAUGUCGUUAUGCAUGGAACAGAUUUUUCGUAGUCUUUUCACAUUACUCGGCAUCUUUAUGACAACAUUAUGAUGAAAACACUACCAGUUUAGCUUUUUAUCGCCUCAUCUAGUGUCAGUUGAUUUGAAUAUUAACAAAUAGACAUUAUCUCAAAUAAUGAGUAGCAGAUCGUGGAAAGUGUACAUUUAAGAUGCUCUUUAUGUUACAGUAUUAUUAUUGAGCUAAUUGAACAGUACCUAUACUGUAAAUUGAAUUAAACAUUGCAAUAAACCAGUUAACUUUCAUAGAAUAUUCUUUAUAACGAAAUUAAGGUGAGCCUGUCCCUACGGAGUAAGUUUGUUAUCUAUCGCUAUUGAUUUCUAAUAAUUAUUUUAAAUCGCCACAUUUAUCUGUUGAAGAUAUAAAAGACAAUUAAAACAUUUCAAAUGUAACCU